AAGAACUUUCAUCUCUCUUGUCUCUUAAGAGUAAUCAAGAAGAAGAUCAAGAUGAUGGAGACGAGACAAAACAGUGUUCAGUUCCAAAGACCAACUUUCUUACCAAUGUUAUGUUCAAGACCUUCCAUCAAGAACGUGACCCUUCCGGCUAAAUCACAUCAAGAAGACUCACACCAACAAGCCGAUCCUUUGUCUCCCAAAAUCAGCUGCAUUGGUCAGGUCAAACGUAGCAACAAGAUCGUCGGCUUCCCCACCACCACUUCCACCUCCAUCACCCCCGCCUCUCACCACCGUUACUUCAAGCUUAAACGUCUCUUCUCCGGCAAGAAUCUGUCUUUCUCCGCUCCCACUACCACCACAACCAGAACUAGUCGAGGAAGAAUCAGAAAGGACGAGUUUGGUAACAAAAAGAUUGCUGUUAUCGACGUUGCUGAAUUGGACCCACCUUUGCCGGUGGUUAAAAAGACACACGACGGUGGCGCCGGAGAUAAAGCGGCGGAGAAUCUUUGGAAGAGGAGAUCUGGUGGUAGUUGUCAACUCCGGAGUUUGCAGAUUCAACCCAAUGGAGCUCAUCAGCUAAAAGUAACAACUGUUUGAGUUUGGAUCAAUCAAAGCUUUUUUUAUUUGCUGUUAUAAUUUUAAUUAUUAAUAUAGUUUUGUACAAAUAGAAAAUUCAUACUUUA